CAUGGCUCCUGAUUUUAUCUCCAGUUGGGUGAUUUUCUCACCUUUUUCUCACUUUUACUCAUUACCCUGCUGCUUUAAUCCCCUUAUCUGCAGAUUUGCAGAUGAAAACACAGGGAAAAGAAGCAACCUGUUUGUUUUCAACUCUCACAGCAUGGUUUAUUCAAUAAUUUUGGGGCUUUAUUACUCAUGCCCAGGGCCCUUUAGCAUGGGCAACCCCUUGUUUACAUGCAAAAUCCCACACUGACUUCCAGAGGAAAAAUUUGAAGCCAUUUGGUGCCAGCUCUUAUCUCCCCCAUACAGAUUUUCUCCAAGAUCAAUAACAAACUUCCCCUCUCACAAGAUUUCUCUGGAUAUGAGAGAUGAAUGUGGCUUAUCUCAAUUUUAGGGACUUUCCUCACUCAAAUAACUUUGUCAGAUUUGACUGAUGAAUGGUGGAGGCAGAAACGGAUUUAAGAUGGAUAGAUUCAGCCUUCAGCCAGCUCAAGGAUUUGGGGUCAGGAAGAGAGGACUCUGAGGGUGCAAUGGCUUUCUUCCUCAAACCACGGCCAUGCACAUGGGACCUUCCCCUGGACUACCACACUGCCAAACAGUUUGAAGUGGACGUAACCCUGGAUCCAGCCACAGUGGGCCCAGAGGUGGUCCUCUCUGAGGACCUCAAGGAAGCCACCUGGGGCAGACCUCGAUGCCAGUGGCCUGAGGGUCCAGGCCGGUUCGACACGGACCCGUGCAUGCUGGGCAGCAAGGGCUUCACCUCGGGCCGCCACUACUGGGAGGUGGAGGCCAAUGGGCGCUUCUGGGCCGUGGGAGUGGCCCGUGAGUCAGUUCAGAGGAAAGGCCGGGUCCUCUUCAAGCCCAACACUGAAAUCUGGGGCUUGCAGAAGUAUGAUGAGCUCUGCGUUGCCCUCACAGCUCCCUCCCACACCUCUGUUCCACUCCUCAAUGGGGAGAUUGGGGUCUACCUGGAUUAUGAGGUCAAAGGGGAAAACAAAGACCAGUUCCAGAUGCAAUGUUGCCCUUCCCAAAUAUUGUCCCAUUGCUACCUCAAGUUCAAGAAGAAAUGCACAUUUUGUGGCAGAGGAAACACCAACCAACACCUUAAGAAUGAAAAACAUGGACUCACAGGUGAGAUAGAGGUGAGUGAUUCACCCACCUCCAUGGCUGCUCCUCAUCCUCCCGCAAAAGGCCAAUCCAAUGCUCUGAGAUGCCUUUGUACCUCAUCACAAAGCUCUGAAAGAGCAGGAAAGAUUUUUACCUUCUUCCAACCAAAGCACUCCAUUUUACCAGUUGCUUAUGCUGCUUUAGGGCUUCUUUGGGGCUUGAACAUUUCAAUCUGCUACCAGAAAGUGUCAUCUAGAAACAGGAGUUUAUCCCUACAAUCCUUGCAGCAGUUGGCUUUGGUGAGGAAUUUGAUGACAUAUUCUCAAAUUUGCCCCAAAUUCUCACCCCAGAUCUUCAAAAAAGACCCUGGAAGAGCAGUCACAGAAACCAAAAGGUUUCAAAUACAAUGCUUUUGGAUUUUUCCCCCCAUGCCAAGCAAGUUCUCAUGUCUCCUUACCAAGUCCUCCAUGCUGUCCAGCAUAGCCAAGGAAGCACCGAGUGCUGAGCAGUUGUCCUGGCUGUAUGUCCAGUUCCCUUCAACCUCAGAAAAAUAGUAGCAUUUUCCUCGGUACCUGAUCCAGUCAAAGGGGCACUGAAAGCAGGGCUGGGCAUGAGGCUGAAAAGCUUGCACUGUCAUUAAGAAUAGAGCAACGUUAACGAGCACCACCUUCCCCUUGCCUCUCUGGGGUGGAGAGAUCAUCCUCCACCCCCCAUGGCUUCCAAAAGUCUUCACCUGUCUCAACUGUAGGAGAAGAGAAAAAUUAAGAUACCAGGAGAGAUCCUGUGAGAAAAUAAGCUCAUCAUGGCCCAGCUUGUGCUGUUGGAUAAGAAAUAGAGGUGCUGCACCUUCAGAGAAGGAAAUAGGGUGGUAGACUUCAAAAAAACACAUUUUAAAGAGGAUUUUCAGAGUAGCCCUAUCCCUAAAAAUGCCUUUGGAUGUUGCUCUCUAUCAUUAACGCAAAAGUAGUGAAAAUGACAGGACAAAUGUCCUCUUAUCCCUGCACACUUCUUGACUUGGUGGGACUCAUGCCAACAUCUCCAGGCCCCUUCUUCUCUGAAAAGAAUACUUCUGUGUGACUGUACUCCUGAAAUGGCUCCUCCUGUUGAUUUUCUAAGGGUUUCUUGAUGACGUCAGUUCCCACACCAUGGAGAUGGGUUUGUUCUUCUGUAGAAAGACUGCUCUGAAAUGUCCUUCUCUCUC